AUGCAACGGUCACAGUCAGCAGUAGAUUUUGCAAAUCUGCUGAACCCCGAUUCCUCGGCGCCUGCCGCUCCGGAACACCAAGAAUCCAACAGCGGCACCAAUAGUGGCAGCACCAGCCAGUCACAGUCCCCCACCCAGCAGCACAACGAGCCAAGCGACAUGGCUUCCGUCUCUGUUCUUCGGCCGAACGGGCCCCUGCCCACCGGCCAGCCUGCCGAGGUCAGCAACGAGCUCCCCCGGCCCUACAAGUGUCCGCUCUGCGAUAAGGCCUUCCACCGUCUGGAGCAUCAGACAAGACACAUCAGGACUCACACGGGCGAGAAGCCGCACGCCUGCAACUUCCCGGGCUGCAGCAAGAAGUUCUCCCGCUCAGAUGAAUUGACUCGACACUCGAGGAUACACAGCAACCCGAACUCGAGACGGGGUAACAAGGGCCAGCAACCACACCAGAUGAUGAGUGGCCUGCAGCCCGGUGACAUGAUGCCGCCCCCGGCUCCAAAGAACAUCCGUUCAGCGCCUCCCUCUUCUCUGUCGUCGCCCAAUGUGUCGCCUCCUCACUCGUACUCCCAGUUUGUCCUGCCGCACAACACUGUGCCUCCUUUUGGAAGAGGCCCCUCUGGUAGCCCCCAUGGCAGCGGGCCGAUGGACAUCACCAUGCUCGCAAAAGCUGCCCACCAGGUCGAGCGUGACAACCUGAUGGCCCCUUCAGCAAGCCACCACUCUUCGAGAUUCCACCCCUACUACUCUCACAGCUCUCACGGCUCCCGUGGCAACCUGCCCUCACUAUCAGCCUACCACAUGUCAAGAUCCAACUCGCAGGAGGAGCAUCACGACGACCACUAUUCGCACGCGUACAGGCACGCUAAGAGGUCCAGGCCCAACUCUCCCAACUCUACUGCUCCCUCGUCGCCAACCUUCUCUCACGACUCUCUGUCUCCCACGCCUGAUCACACGCCUCUCGCCACACCAGCUCAUUCUCCACGCCUGCGACCUUCCUACCAAGCCACUUAUGAGCUGCCGCCCUUCAGGCAACUCUCAUUAGGGCACCACACACCUGCACUUGCUCCUCUGGAGCCUCAGCCCGAGCAGCAGUUCCCUAACCCCCCGCCCGCAAGCGGAGCAACGAGUAGUGUGAGGACCGGCAUGUCCUUGUCGGACAUUAUGAGCAGGCCUGACGGAAACCAGCGGAAGCUUCCCGUGCCUCAGGUCCCCAAGGUGGCAGUGCACGAUCUGUUGGUUCCUGAUGGUUUCAACACCAGUGGGCGGAGCUCAUCAUCCAACAGCAUCGCCGGUGGAGAUCUCAUGGAUCGCUCCUAG